AUGUCGAGGCAGAUGGAAAAGUCGAGGUCGAGGUCCAAAACGACGAGUUCAUCAUGGCCAUCGUCGAUGUACGGAGUCGCCAUACUUGUCGCAGUCCUGGCUGUGUCUGUCGUACUCCCCCCCAAAAUUGAACCCCUCAAUGUCCUGUCGGACUGGAUAGGGCCGACAUGGACCUCUGUCGUCGACACGAUAAACCCCAUCGAUCCGACGGAUUACAUGGCCAGGGCGAGACGACUACUGCGAACCACUCCGCUGAUCGACGGCCACAAUGAUUUCCCAUUCAACCUCAGACAACAACUUCACAACAAAAUCUACGAUCGUGACUUUCGCACCGAAAGGAUCGGAAGUCACAGCGAUUUUCAAAAGAUGAAGGACGGUAUGAUGGGUGGUCAAUUCUGGUCCGUCUACGUGCCGUGUCCGGAAGACCUCGUUCCAGGUGUCGACCUGCACGACCCGAACAAGCCUGUACCGGAUCUCAAUGAACCUAGUUGGACCGUCAGAGAUACCCUCGAACAGAUUGACAUCACGAAACGCAUGGUCGAUCAUUAUCCUGACCUCUUUGAACUUUGUGUCACUCCUUCAUGCGUCCGUCGGGCUCACAACCGCGGUAGAAUCGCCAGCAUGAUCGGUGUCGAAGGUGGCCAUCAGACCGGCAACUCGUUGGGUGCGCUGAGACUCUUCUUCGAGAGUGGCGUCAGGUACAUGACCCUGACACACAACUGUGACAACGCUUUGGGUACGUCGUGGGUCAGUGUGGAUUUGGAAGCCGGCAAGGAUGAUGGACUCGGCAAAUUCGGAAGGGACGCGGUACUCGAAAUGAAUCGACUGGGAAUGUUUGUCGAUUUGAGUCACGUCUCUCCACAGACCAUGAGGGAUGCCCUGAAAGUCGCAAGGGCUCCGGUCAUCUUUUCACAUUCCGGAGCAUACAGCGUCAACAACCACCUACGGAACGUACCCGACGAUGUCCUGGGGAUGGUCCGAAAAAACGGCGGGGUGGUGAUGAUCCCUGCGAUCCCCUUCUUUAUGAAUUGGGAACACCCUGAACGGGCAACGAUCGAAGACAUCAUCGAUCAUGUACAUUGGGUCGCCGACAAAGCCGGGUGGGAACACGUCGGUCUGGGAUCCGACUUUGACGGUGCCCCUCUCAACGUCAAAGGUCUCGAGGACACAUCUCAAUGGCCAAACUUGAUCGCGAGACUUCUCGCCCGUGGGAACGUCACAGAUACCCAAGUCAAGAUGUUGCUCGGUGACAAUGUGUUGCGCGCUUGGGAACAAGUUGAAAAAGUGGCCAAACAACUCCAAAAGCAAGGUGAAUUACCGAAUGAAGAGACCUGGGAAGGGAGGGUUUGGGAACCCGAAAACUUCGAUACACCUAGAAUAUUUCCUGGUGUUUAG